AAACCUCAUUUCCGGCAGUUAACUUCCGGGAUUUGCCACAUCAACAAUGGAAUCGCUAUAUAAUAUUCCAUUUACUGUUUUACAAUGUCCUCACUUGAGGUUAAAGAAACCAUCAUGGGUUAAACAACCUUCUGCAAUGACAAUGUUUGCUAUUGUCUUGUUGUCGUACUUCCUUGUUACCGGAGGCAUAAUUUACGAUGUGAUUGUUGAGCCUCCUAGCAUCGGAUCCACAACAGAUGAACGAGGAAAUUCUAAACCUGUAGCAUUUAUGCCAUACAGAGUAAAUGGUCAAUAUAUAAUGGAAGGUCUAGCGUCUAGUUUCCUGUUUACCCUAGGAGGCCUUGGAUUUGUUAUACUUGACCAAACAAAUUCACCAGUAAUGCCGAAGCUGAAUAGAAUUCUGUUAUUCUGCGUAGGAUUUGCAUCGAUUCUCAUUUCAUUCUUUAUGUGCAGAGUUUUCAUGCGAAUGAAAUUGCCAGGAUACCUCCAGUCAUAGAGAUGUCUAGCCAGUAUCCCAUCAACUUAGACCAGAAAUAUAGAGACAUAUAUUAUAGUUAUUUACUUAACAGCUUUAAUCAGUUUUCAUCUGUUUAUAAGUAAUUUUUUUCACAAAUCACAGUAGACAUUUUUGAUGUAAUAAUUUUGUAAAAUUUUAAGAAAAAUAAAAAGAAAAAUCAACGAAAUUCCAUGAAUAUACUGUACAAGGAUGUGAAAGUUUUACUAUCUUUACAGGGAUAGAAAUUUAUUUGCUGAAUAUGUUUUAUGGCUGUGUGAAUGUAAUUUUUCCUGCUGUUCUCUCGUUGAAUGUAGGUUAUAUGUGUUGUCUUUUACAUAAAAUUCUUAUUGUAUUAAUGUUAAAGACAAAAUAAAAUAUGUUUUAUAUAU